AUGUCUCAGCCAGCUAAAACGCGGGAAGAAAUUGAGCAGCAAGUUUUGGAGUUCCAGAAGAAAGCUGCUCAAAAUGCAGCUAAUGGUGACGGUGACGAUGAUGAAGGCCGGAUAUCUCUUUCCAAGGCUAAUAUGGACAGUGAUAUUUACGGUGAUGGCCGAAGAAGCAAUGAGUAUCACAGCUCCAUUCCGGCCAAUGACGAUGCCGACUAUGACGAUGAAGACACUGAAAACACCAAUGAGUCGUCUUCGGCCGAUACAUACAGUGCGUACAAGAAGCAAAUCAAUGCAUUUAAUGCUCCGAAAAACUAUCUUCAAGAUGUUGUCGAUGAUAAUCAUGAUCCUCUAGCUGAACAGCGAGUUGCUCGAGUAGCAGAUCGUGAAGAUGAAUAUCGACGUCGCUUUCGAAAUCGACAAUUGUCUCCAGAGCGUAUUGAUGUUUUCGCUGAUGGCGGAAAAACACCAGAUCCAUCUGCUAGGACUUACAAAACGAUCAUUAAAGAAACUGCUCUCAGCAAUGAAGAGGCUGAACUUAAGAAAAAGUUGAGCGAAAAAGCCAAAGCUGGUGAGCUGAAAGCAGUUUCUACGCCUGCUUCAUCUUCAAGGCGACGACGCUGGGAUGCUGCACCAUCUCCAGCUGAUGAAGAGCCGGCUGCGAAAAAGAUUGCAUAUCAUGAAGCGGCCACUCCUGCCAUUCCUGGUCGUUGGGAUCAAACUCCUGGCCACUUUUCUGAAGGGCCUCAAGCUCCACAGCAGUGGGAACCAACUCCAAUUCAUCCAAGUCAGGCGGCAACGCCUGGUCAUGAAACUCCUGCAGCGAGAGGCAGUCAGCGUCGCAAUCGCUGGGAUGAAACGCCGAAAACUGAGCGCGAAGUUGCUGCUGGUUCUCUUUCGAGUUGGGCAGAGACCCCUCGUGUGGAUCGCAUUUCCGAUGAUGCCGUUUCAGACACGCCCAGUGCCUCCAAGCGGCGAUCUCGAUGGGACGAAACACCUUCGGCAACGCCAUCAAUCACAUCAACUCCAAUGAUGACUCCUUCUGGGGCGACUCCGCUCGGACCCAAAGCAAUGGGUCUUGCCACUCCAACCCCCGGACAUAUGGUGGCCAUGACGCCUGAACAGGCGCAAGCAUUUCGCUGGGAGCGUGAAAUCGACGAACGUAAUCGACCCUUCUCGGAUGAUGAACUGGACGCACUGUUCCCUCCUGGUUACAAAGUUCUGGCUCCUCCUCCUGGAUAUCAGCCGAUUCGAACGCCAGCUAGAAAGCUUAUGGCUACUCCAACACCGAUGGUCGGCGCAGCUGGUAGCGGGUUCUUCAUGCAAAAGGAAGAUCCCACUAGUACAACAGGCGUGGGCUCUAAAAUGAUGAUGGAUUUGGAACCAAAGGGGCAAAAUUUGCCGCCGCUUAAACCGGAUGAUCUGCAGUACUUUGACAAACUGCUCAAUGAAGUUGAUGAGGAAGCACUGAGCCCUGAUGAACAGAAGGAGCGAAAAAUCAUGAAGCUACUGCUGAAGAUUAAGAAUGGCACUCCGCCAAUGCGAAAAUCCGCCCUUCGUCAGAUCACAGACAAAGCUCGCGAGUUUGGAGCCGGUCCACUGUUUAAUCAAAUUUUGCCACUCUUAAUGUCCCCCACAUUGGAAGAUCAAGAGCGACAUUUACUGGUGAAGGUCAUUGAUCGAAUUCUCUACAAACUUGACGACCUCGUUCGACCUUAUGUGCACAAAAUUCUAGUCGUUAUUGAGCCGUUGCUGAUUGACGAAGAUUACUAUGCUCGUGUGGAGGGUCGUGAAAUCAUUUCAAACUUGGCCAAAGCUGCUGGUCUUGCUACCAUGAUUUCUACUAUGCGUCCCGAUAUUGACAAUGUCGACGAGUAUGUGCGAAACACCACAGCCCGUGCUUUUGCUGUUGUCGCUUCGGCUCUGGGCAUUCCCUCCCUCCUGCCCUUUCUCAAAGCUGUCUGCAAAAGUAAGAAGUCAUGGCAAGCCCGACAUACUGGCAUCAAAAUUGUUCAGCAAAUUGCCAUCCUCAUGGGGUGUGCCAUUUUGCCGCACCUUCGCAGUUUGGUCGAGAUCAUCGAGCAUGGCCUUGUGGACGAACAGCAAAAAGUGCGCACUAUCACCGCUCUUGCACUGGCUGCCCUCGCUGAAGCAGCAACUCCCUAUGGCAUUGAAUCAUUUGACUCGGUGUUGAAGCCUCUCUGGAAAGGCAUCAGAACGCACCGAGGAAAGGGAUUGGCUGCAUUUCUGAAAGCCAUCGGCUAUCUUAUUCCACUCAUGGACGCCGAAUAUGCCAAUUACUACACGCGGGAAGUUAUGUUUAUUCUUAUUCGUGAGUUUCAGUCGCCUGACGAAGAAAUGAAGAAAAUUGUCUUGAAAGUGGUGAAGCAGUGCUGUGGCACUGACGGUGUCGAGCCUCAGUACAUCAAAGAAGAGGUGUUGCCUCACUUUUUCCGUCAUUUCUGGAAUCAUCGAAUGGCUCUUGACCGACGCAACUAUCGUCAACUGGUGGAUACUACGGUGGAGAUUGCCAACAAAGUGGAAGCGGCAGAGAUUAUCACUCGCAUUGUCGACGACCUAAAGGAUGAAAAUGAGGCGUAUCGUAAGAUGGUCAUGGAGACAAUUGAAAAGAUCAUGUCCAACUUGGGUGCCUCGCAAAUUGAUUCCCGUCUUGAAGAACAGCUUAUCGAUGGCAUUUUGUAUGCCUUUCAGGAGCAGACAACCGAAGAUAUGGUCAUGCUGAAUGGUUUCGGGACUAUUGUGAGCACACUUGGAAAGCGCGUAAAGCCUUAUUUGCCUCAAAUAUGCGGUACUAUUCUGUGGCGCCUGAACAACAAGUCUGCUAAAGUUCGCCAGCAAGCGGCUGAUCUGAUUUCAAAGAUAGCCGUUGUUAUGAAGACCUGCAAUGAGGAGAAACUGAUGAGUCAUAUGGGAGUGGUGCUUUAUGAGUACCUUGGCGAGGAGUACCCUGAAGUGUUGGGUUCCAUUCUGGGAGCUCUUAAGGCAAUCGUCAAUGUUAUUGGCAUGGACAAAAUGACGCCGCCUAUUAAAGAUCUACUUCCUCGUCUGACGCCCAUUCUGAAGAAUCGACACGAAAAGGUACAGGAGAACUGCAUCGAUUUGGUUGGACGUAUUGCUGAUCGAGGUGCAGAGUUUGUAUCAGCACGCGAAUGGAUGCGUAUCUGCUUUGAGUUGCUCGAGUUGCUGAAGGCUCACAAAAAAGCCAUUCGUCGUGCUGCGGUGAACACCUUUGGAUACAUUGCCAAGGCCAUUGGUCCUCAUGAUGUCCUGGCUACCCUUCUCAACAACCUGCGUGUACAAGAACGACAGAACCGAGUGUGCACCACUGUAGCCAUUGCUAUUGUCGCCGAGACUUGUUCUCCUUUUACCGUCUUGCCCGCUCUCAUGAACGAGUACCGAGUUCCUGAGCUGAACGUCCAGAAUGGUGUUCUCAAGUCACUCUCUUUCCUCUUUGAGUACAUUGGCGAAAUGGCCAAGGACUACAUCUAUGCUGUAACGCCUCUUUUGGAAGACGCUCUCAUGGACAGAGAUUUGGUUCAUCGUCAAACAGCUUGCUCUGUGAUUCAACACAUGGCACUCGGCGUGUACGGCUUCGGUUGUGAGGACGCUCUCACUCACCUUCUCAACUUUGUUUGGCCGAAUAUAUUUGAAACUUCUCCACAUUUGGUGCAGGCAUUUAUGGGCGCUAUUGAGGGUUUUAAAGUAUCUCUUGGCCCUAUUAAAAUGUUGCAGUACACAUUGCAAGGGCUUUUUCAUCCAGCUCGGAAGGUCCGUGAUGUUUAUUGGAAAGUUUACAACACGCUGUAUAUUGGAGCCCAAGAUUCUCUGGUAGCCGGAUAUCCGCGAUCACCCAACGAUAAAACCAAUAAUUACAUUCGCACUGAAUUGGAUUAUGUUCUGUAG